GCCCAUAUUCCAUCGCCAUUACCGACCUCUCCUUCCCUUCAUAUCCCCAUAGCCUCCUCUCUUUCACCCUCCAAAUUCCACCUCUCCUUCUCCUCUUCAUCUUCUUUUCUACCUCUCUUUCCCUAGAAAAGGAAUCCGAGAUUUCUCAAUUUCGUUUCUAAAUCCUGAGAAAAAAGGGAUAUUUGAUCCCGUAGAAUCCAAGUUUUGAAUCGAGAAAUGGCUCAAAAGACGGAGAAGGAAGAGACUGAAUUCAAGGUACCGGAAACCCUUACCUUGUGCGUUAAUAAUUGUGGAGUUACUGGUAAUCCUGCCACCAAUAAUAUGUGUCAGAAAUGUUUCAACGCUACUACCGCUGCUAGCACCUCUAAUUCCACGGCGGCGGCUCCGAACACCUCAACGAUAGCACCAGCAUCUGGUGUCUCAUCCUGCAGCGAGAUCUUGACUAAAUCACCGAGAUCUAGCAAAUCUCCCUCACCUGUGAGGAAUCCGCUUCCUGAGUCGAGUCGAAAGGUGGAGACGUCGUCAGAUCGGGGGAAAUCUGAUGAAUCCUUGGCUGGGAGUGGGGUGAACCGAUGCUCAGGGUGCAGGAGGAAGGUUGGGUUGACCGGUUUUCGUUGCCGGUGCGGAGAGCUGUUCUGUUGGGAACAUCGAUACUCUGAUCGUCACGAUUGCAGCUACGACUACAAGGCAGCCGGCCGAGAGGCGAUAGCUAGAGAAAACCCGGUUGUCAAGGCGGCGAAGAUCGUUAGAGUUUGAUGAAAAAAAAAAAGGUCCAAUUCGAACACAGAACAUCAAAAAUUCGCGAGGAUCGGUACUCUCGAUCCUAUAAUUUCUCUUUUUUCCUCUUUCAGAGAUAGAGAUCUCGUUGGCCAGUAAAGAUUUAGGGGGAGGGAAGAAGAGUUCGAUCGAUGAAACUGAAUCCAAUCAAUCAUUAUCAGGAUGAAGAUCAAGUUCUAAAUUCUUCUACAGAUUUUCUUUUUCUCUUUUUUUUUCUCUUUUUUUUAAUGGAAGAUCAUUAUUAUUAAUAUGAUUAUUAAUAUUAUUAUUGUGGCUUAA